AUGGUAAUCCCACUUAUAUCACUGUUGAUGGACAAAAUUCGCAAAAUACAACUAGAGUCGGCCGAAGGAAUUUUAACUAAGGAAGCUUUAUUGAAGGAAGCAGAUAAACGUUUUAAGUUUUUGCAGAACAACAAAAUUCUUGUCAAAUCGACUUUGUUGGAUCCGAGAUUUAAGAAAGUUUAUCUUUCUCCUCUCACAGCCCUUGAAGCUCUCAAGGACAUUGCUUACGAAAUGUCUGAGAACAAAAAUAUUGAAGAAGACUUAGUGCGCCCUGCAAAUGAUAACGUACCAGAAGAAGCCUGUUCUAAAAAUGAAGGAUUUCUGGAGGCACGGAAAACCAUUCAAAUUUCUAGAGUGUGA